AUGGCCUCCCACCCUACCGCGUCGGCGACGACCACGACGGCACCCGCCGCCGCCGCGGCCGACGACGGCGCGAGCAGCCCGUCCCAAAAGCCGGCUCCGGCACCCUCGGUGGCCGCCAAACCGCCUCCCCGGACCAAGGAGUCGUUCGGCCGGCUCAUGGUCGAGCGCUACACCAUGCACGAUGCCCUCGCGGCCGCCGCCCUCAGCCAGCAGCUGCAGGAGACGCAAAGAUGCAUGCAGGAGACGCGUGAGAAGAUCCACGAGUACCGCAUGCUCCGCAACGAGUACAAGGCCUGGUUCCCCCCCGGCAGGCUCUUCGGCGACGGCUACAACGGCUUCGCCAACGGCUACACCGAGAAUCAGUCGCAGCCUCCCGCCUCCCGCAUCAUCUACCCUUCCCAGAAGCCGCGGCCCGGGCGGCGGACGACGCCGGCCCUCAAGUACACGCGCAAGGACAUGCUCAAGCAGGCCGAGCAGCACGAGGAGCUCGUUCCGCUGCGGCUCGAGGUCGAGUGGGACAAGGUCAGGCUGCGCGACACGCUGACCUGGAACCUGCACGAGCGGCUCUUGGCCGUCGAGCUCUUCGCCGCCCAGAUCGUCGAGGACAUGGGGCUCAAGCACCCCGCCGCCCAGCCCGUCUUCGAGCAGAUCGUCCAGCAGAUGCGCGAGCAGCUCAACGACUUCUACCCCUUCGUCUUCUCCGAGGAGGACGCGCUGGACCCCGAGCUCCCCUACUCGGCCUACAAGAACGACGAGAUGCGGAUCCUCAUCAAGCUCAACAUCACCAUCGGCCAGCACACCCUGGUCGACCAGUUCGAGUGGGAGCUCAACAACCCGGCCAACUCGCCCGAGGAGUUCGCCUCGAGCAUGGCCCGGGACCUCUCCCUGAGCGGCGAGUUCACCACGGCCAUCGCCCACUGCAUCCGCGAGCAGGCCCAGCUCUUCACCAAAAGCCUCUACAGCGUCGGCCAUCCCUUCGACGGCCGUCCCGUCGAGGAUCCGGACCUCGUCUCCGCCCUCCUCCAGACGCCGCUGCAGACCGUCUUCCGGCCCCAGCAGCAGGCGAAAGAGUACGCGCCCUACAUGUACGAGCUGAACGACGCCGACCUCGAGAGGAACGAGAUGGUCUUCUCCCGCGAGCAGCGCCGGCAGAAACGAUCCAUCAACCGCCGGGGCGGGCCCCAGCUGCCCGACCUCCGCGAGCGCCAGCGCACCAUUCGGACCCUCAUCGUCUCCUCCGUCUUGCCCGGCGCCGCCGUCGACGUCGAGGAGAGCCGGCUGUACAAGAAGGCCACGGGCGUGUCCCGGAAGAGGAACGCGCGCGACGGUGACCUGUCCGAGUCGGACGAGAGCGAAGACUCAUCGCCUGAGUCGCCGGCGCCCUCGCAGCUCGCCACCGGCACCGCCCGGACGAGAGGGAUGCGCGGGGCCGCCUCGGCGGCGCAGCAGAGGAUGGCGAACCUCGGCCGGUCGGAAACGCCGGAGAUGAACAUGACGCUGCACCACCACGAGACGAGGACGUCGCGUCGCUACAGGGAAGAGACGGAGGAUUCGCUGCACUUGUGGGUGACGCUCAGGGUCGGCAAGGACAAGCUGCGAAGGUUGAUGAAGGGCGACCUGCGCGAUCUUGCGCAACCACAGCCGCAGCAGCCGCCGCCGACGCAAACGCCGACCCAGACCGAGACGGAGAAUCCGAGCGAAACGCAGGCCCAAUCGCCCUCGUCGGCGCCUCACGCGCGCUCCCUCAGCACCUCGAGCGCCUUGAAAUCAAGAGCGCCCACCUCCAUCACUGCCGUGCCGCACCCCCCAGCCGCCGCCUCCUAUCCUCCUGGCCAGAUCGGCCGCCUCCCCGCUCCCCCCCCCGUACCUGGCCAGUCUCCUCCCCCUGCCCCGCCGCCGCCUGACUGGCUCGUCUCCGCCCUCAAGCAGCUGGAGAAGCAAUAUCCCAACGGCGACACGUUCGAGGCCAUCAUGAAAUACUCCUUCCUCGACCCGGUCUCGGAGCUGCCCAUCCAAGGCCAGCCCCUGCCCGACGGCGUCAAGUACGCCUGGCUGCCACGCAUCCGGUGCCUCGACUGCACCACCAAGCUUUACACCCCCGGGCCGGAAAUGUCGGCCCAGAAGUUCGAAGCCCACCUGAAAUUUUCCGGCCAUCGCGCCAAGGUCGAUCAGCGACUGGCCGCCGAGAAGGACAACGCCCAGUGA